ACAUUGCAAAAAAAAAAACAAAUCUAAGCAAACAACAGUCAUGGCUAAGUCUGCUACUAUCGUGACCCUUUUCUUCGCUGCUCUCGUCUUCUUUGCUGCUCUCGAAGCACCAACGAUGGUGGAAGCGCAGAAGCUGUGCCAGAGGCCAAGUGGGACGUGGUCUGGAGUCUGUGGAAACAAUAACCAAUGCAAGAACCAAUGCAUUAAUCUUGAGAAAGCGCGACAUGGUUCUUGCAACUAUGUCUUCCCAUAUCAUAGGUGUAUCUGUUACUUCCCAUGUUAAUCUGCAAAAAAACUGUUUAGUACUUGAGCGUGUGUAUUUCUAUAAUUUAAAAUAAGUAAGUAACACUCUAUGAGUGGUCUUACACAUGUACCAGACAUCUUUAUGUUGUUGGUUUGUUAUAAUAAGAUCAUAAUUAAGCUUUUAUAAUUAUGUACGA